AUGUCUCGUCUUUCAACAGACGGUAACAUCACUGUGGAAGCAGUGCCAGUCAAACACGACAUUGGUGUCGACCUGGAAAAAUACCCUAAGGCCUUCAAUGAGUUCUCCGAUGAUGCCAACUCACAAACAGCAGACCAUACCGUCUUCCCCGUCGACCAGGAUCGUCUCUCAAGAUCUCUGUCUGGAAGACAGGUGCAGAUGAUUGCUAUCGCCGGCGUGAUUGGUACAGGUCUGUUUCUGGGCACUGGAAAGUCGCUGGCGAACGGAGGACCAGCUUCAAUGCUCAUUUGCUACACCAUUAUGGGCUUUCUCGUGUAUUUGACAAUGCUGUCGCUUGGUGAAAUGGCCACUUACAUGCCUGUGGCAGGUUCUUUCUGCUCCUACGCUUCGCGGUUCGUGUCUGAGUCUGUGGGCUUUUCCCUCACCUGGAACUAUUGGUUUAAUGACGUCACCUCCACAGCCUCCGAUCUGGUCGCCCUCCAGCUCGUGUUCAAGUACUGGUCCGAAUUCCCUGGCUGGGCCAUCUCUCUCAUUUUCUGGGUCUUUCUGAUCGUGCUCAACGUGAUCCAUGUCAAGGCAUAUGGAGAGCUCGAGUACUGGCUGGCCCUGCUGAAGGUGGUCACCAUCAUCGUGUUCAUCAUUCUCGGCAUUGUCGUCAACUGUGGAGGAAACCAUGACCACGAGUACCUUGGAUUCUCGUACUGGCACCUCGAGGGAGCUCCGUUUGUGAACGGCUUCAAGGGCUUUGCGUCUGUGUUUGUCACUGCUGCCUUUGCCUACGGAGGAACUGAGUCCAUUGGAAUCACUGCCGGAGAACAAAAGAACCCCACAAAGUCCAUGCCCCGUGUCAUCAAGACAGUCUUCUGGCGUAUCAUCAUCUUCUACGUCCUGUCGAUUUUACUGAUCGGCAUCAACGUGCCCUACAACUACCCCAAUCUGUCUUCCAAGGAAACCACCACCUCCCCAUUCACCCUUGUGUUCCAAAAGGCCGGCUCCAAGGUUGCAGGAUCUUUCAUCAACGCCGUCAUCAUGACCUCUGUUCUCUCAGCUGGUAACCACGCUCUGUUUGCAGGAACUCGACUAUUGUACACUUUGGCCAUCCAGGGAUACGCCCCCAAGUUUUUCGGUAAACUGACCAAGGCCAAGGUCCCUUACGUUGCUUUGCUCUUCACUUCGCUACUCUCGGGUCUCUGUUUCGGCUCUUCUUUCAUUGGAGCAGGUACACUCUGGUCCUGGCUCCAGAACCUUGUCGGAGUGUCUAACCAGCUGUCUUGGAUGCUCAUUGGAGUCACCUCCAUCAGAUUUAGAAAGGCGCUCGACAUCCAGGGCAAGGUCCACCAGCUCAAGUACGUCAACUGGACCUACCCUUGGGGACCCUGGGUGGUGGUUAUUCUCUCAGCAGUUAUCAUUCUGAUCCAGGGAUGGAGUUCGUUCGCACCCUGGAAUGUCUCAGAUUUCUUUUCCUAUUACAUUGAACUGCUUGUCUUCCCUUUGCUUUGGCUGGGAUGGCAACUGUGGUCCCGAACUACUCUGCUUAUUAAGCCGGAAGAUGUCGAUGUCGAGACUGACCGCUACCACGAUACUCCAGAGGACCUGGCCGAGAUGGAAUACGAGGCCCAGUUCAAGGGAUGGCGUAAGGCCGUCCACCUAGCAAAGUCUUUCUUUGUCUAG